AUGGCCGCCGCCGUCGACGAGAUCGAGGAGCUGAGGACCGAGAUCGAGCGUCUGUCGCGUGAGCUCGACUUGGCCUCCACCGAGAAGAUACAGUCGGCGCAAUACGGACUCGCGCUGCUCGAGGAGAAGUCGGCCCUGCAGCAGCGGUGUAACGACCUCGAGGCACUCUACGAGAACACGAAACACGAGCUAGAGAUCACGCAGGAGGCACUAGCAAAGUUCCAAACAACUACAAAAAUAACAGCAAAAAGCGGCAUCGAGCAAGAAGAGAGUCUUCUUAAUGAGAGUGCCGCUCGGGAAACGUCUUUACAAUCGCAGAUCAUCGAAUUAGAAAAUGAAACAAAACAGUUGCGACAUGAAUUGGAACGGGUGGAGGCAGAGCGUGAUCACGCGUUGCAGGAGCGCGAGGAGAUCGGGAAAGAUCAUCAACAGGCGGAAACGGACCGCAAGGCAUUACGAACGGAUUUGCGGGAGUGCAGGUUCCGUGAGACCCGUCUGCUUCAAGACUACUCCGAGCUGGAGGACGAGAAUAUUUCAUUGCAGAAGCAAGUGUCCGGUUUGCGGUCAAGUCAGGUGGAGUUCGAAGGUGCCAAACACGAGAUUCGACGGCUCACCGAGGAGGUUGAACUAUUGAACAGUCAGGUGGAAGAGUUGACGAAUCUGAAAAAAAUAGCGGAGAAGCAGAUGGAGGAGGCGUUGGAAUCCCUACAGGCCGAACGUGAGGCCAAGUACGCCUUGAAAAAGGAACUGGACCAGAGGAUCAACAGCGAGUCGAUUUACAAUCUUAGCAAUUUGGCGCUUUCCAUUCGAGGCAUCACGGAGGAUCAAACGAUAUGCAGUGACGGUGAGGACGAUUCGCCUGCACUGCGCAGAAUCGAGGCGGACUUAAAGACGCAAGAACCAGGAACAUCUGCUACCGACAAACAGGUUGACUUGUUUUCUGAAAUUCAUCUGAACGAAUUGAAAAAACUGGAGAAGCAGUUAGAGCUUGCAGAGACCGAGAAGGCACAUCUGACGCAAAAUCUACGCGAAUCGCAGUACGCGGUUGAGAAGAGUCAGGCAGAAUUGCAAUCGUUUGUUGCGCGAAUAGUGCAGUUGUCAGCGCACGUGCAAUCGUUACAUCAUCUUCACUCAAAAUUACCAGAAAAGCAGAGUGAAGAGACGACGUUAGAUAAACUCAGUCAGGCCAUUGUACAAUAUCAUCAAUGGAGCACUAUGUCCGCUCGCGAGAUUAAUCAGUUGCAGAAAGAUCUAUCCGAAUUGGAGAACGGCUUAACCGUGUCCGACUCCACGCAGCAGCUAAGAACGGAAUUGACAAAUCUAAGGAACAAGCUCUUGGACACGGAACAAAGGAGCAUGCAACUCGAGUCGGACGUAUCUACUCUGUCGAAACUCACUGCGGAAGCGGGUGGUUUCCUUGAUUCUGCUCAGAACGACUUGCAGAAUCUCUCCGACGAGCUCGCGCAACUCUAUCAUCACGUAUGCACCGUUAACGGCGAGACGCCCUCGAGAGUGGUGUUGGACCAUGAGAAGUCGGAGAUACCCGAAAAGGAGGAGGAGAAUGGCAAGAUGGAUUGGUGUAGGACUCUUUUCAAGACUGACAUCAAAAUUAAGGAUUUAGAGAGCCUCAGCAAAGCGAAGGAAAUUGCGAAACACAUAGAGACUGCGAUGGACCAAAUAAAGCACCUCAGAAACGCCGUAGAACACACGAUCGAACUAUCCAAAGUCAAAGGAAUGCAAUCCAAUAUUUGCAACGUCUGUGAAGCGUCUGUCAAUGAGAACAAAGCAGACGUAACAGAUCUUCAAGAACAAGUUAUCAGAUUAAAGGCCUUGUUGUCCGCUAAGCGGGAACAGAUUGCUACGUUAAGAACAGUGCUUAAAUCAAACAAAAAUACAGCAGAAGUAGCGUUAACGAAUCUGAAGAGCAAAUACGAGAACGAGAAGAGUAUUGUUAACGAGACGAUGCUUAAGCUGAGAAAUGAGCUUAGAAUGUUGAAGGAAAACGCUGCGACAUUCUCAAGUCUGCGUGCAAUGUUCGCUGCACGCUGCGAAGAGUACGUGACGCAAGUGGACGAACUUCAGCGGCAGCUUACCGUAGCGGAAGACGAUCGGAAGACGCUGAAUCAGCUUUUGCGCCUAGCGGUGCAGCAAAAGCUCGGCCUCACCAUGAAGCUGGAAGAGCUCGAAGUCGAUCGGGAGCUGCGCAAUACCAGGAGACACGCCGCCGGCGCGAACGGACGCGGUAGACCGCGACUGUCGCAACAGACGAACCGUCCCCACUUAGGCAGAGAUUUCUUCUAG